CUGAGUGCCAAAGAUGGCGAUGGGCCCGUCACGUUGCUCAAAGACAUCGACCAGCCUUUCAUAUUUGAGAUCAAACUGGGAAGCAAGCCGUAUCGAAUGGAAUUCUAUGAUACGAGUAGCCCCGAGAACUGGCGUCUUCUUGAGCCGGAUCUCGUUAUUAUUUGCUACGACAUAAGCCAGCGGCUCAGUCUUAUCAACAUGCAAAGAGUAUGGCUCAGGGAAGUCAAGAUGACUUUCCGCAGACCUGACCGUCUCCCCAUCCUCAUCCUGGGCCUCAAGAGAGACCUCAGAUCAGAAACUGAUCCCAAUGGCAUCAUCCUACCCAACGAGGCCUACCAGGUGGCGCAGUCUAUGCGAGUAGACAGAUAUAUGGAGUGCUCUGCCAUGACCGGGGAGCUCAUCAAGCUGGCCUUCGAAGACAUUUGCAAGACGGCAGUUCAAACACGUACUGCGGCGGGCGGGCAGAGCGAAGGCGGAUGCGUGCUCAUGUAG